AGGAAAGAAAAUGAGAGGGGAAGAGGGAAAAGGAGAGAAAAGGGGGGAAAAGAGGGAAAGAAAGCUGCCCCCCCACAUUCAACAAUCAACUUCCUGACAUUUCUGUGGCUUUUCUGCUCAUUUCUUCGUCUUGCUGACUGACGUUUUUAUUUGACCAUUGGCUGUGUAGCACAGGAUUUGAAGAUUCAAGUCUCGAGAUGCUUUCUCUUAUCACUGCUUUGCUCCAGCUGUGUUAUCUCACUGCACCCCUCAGUGCUGGAGCCAGACAUUGCAGGUCAGUACCAUGGUUUUGGGUCCAUUCCCCGUUCUUCACUUUGCUGCAGUCCUGGUAUUGCUGAGCUCAUAUUGGAAUAAGAAAUAAUGGGGAAUUUAGGUUGAAAACCAAGACAUGCUGUCUGCGUGUUCAAUUAGGGGCGAAUAGUGAAAUCUGUGUUUCUCCCUAUUCACUGGAUAUUACAUUAAAAGCAUCUUCUCCUAAUAUAUACUUAUAUACAGCCUGCUUUAUGUGGCUUUUACCACACAUGAAACCGAGAAGUUAUAAUCAAGGCCAUAAUAACGCUGAGAGAUUAAAGGUAUCUUCUGAUUGUUUUGGCUUUGGUUGAAUGUAGGACCUGAAAGUGCUGACUUGUAACAAAAUGGGACAAAUGAAAGCCUCGUUUAGAGCUGUGCUCAUCCCUGAAUGCUGCUGGGCAUGGGGAGACUGCAUGGGUGUAUGGUAGAAAAUACCCAAAACACCAAAUAUUUGCAUGGCGGCAGGGCUGAUGGAGAACUGACAUAGGAUGGGUGAGAACUGUCAAGGCCUCAGUUUGGGUUGGGAGAGGUUUGUGUUGGAUAUUAGGAACGAUUUCUUACCCUGGAAGAGCAGUGAUGCAGAAGCAUCUCAGGGAGUGAUGGUGUCACUGUCCAUGGAGGUGGGGAUGUGGCACUCAGGGAUGUGGGCAUGGUGGGGUGUGUUGGGCUUGGACUUGGUGAUAGCAGAGAUCUUUUUCAACCUUCAUGAUUGUAUGAAUAAUUUCCAAUAGGAACAUUUGUGGAGAUGACAAAAAACCGCAUUCCUGAGAGAGCUGGAAAUAAUUUGUGUGCUGUUACGUGAGAGGUUAAAUGAGCAACUCAACUUUCUGGCAAGCACGGUGAGAUGUACCUCCAGAGGCCGUGAGUCAGCACUGCUGGAGCAGCAAAAGAGCACCAGGAGGAUGCAGAGAUGUCAAAGCAAAGCUCUAUUUUGUCUUUAGAAUGGCCCACGGAUGGGACAGCAUCUCUCAACCUUACAGGAGCGAGCUGCCAAAAUGGCACCGAAUCAGCUGUGGGAAUGAUGGAGCACGUGCUGUCGGUUCAUAAUUUGUGCUGAAAUACUCUCAGUAAAUACAUUUGGGAGAGCAAGCAGCAGGGAUCUGGUGUUGUACUGAGUGGGGACACUGGGACAGGUGUGAGUGAUAUGGUACUGACAUGGUGAGUGGGCACAAUGGGGGGCGAUUGGUGAUCUCAGCAAUCCUUUCCAUCAGUGAUUCUAUGACCCAACUGCACUGUGGGUUAAAAGCCACAACCCAGUGCUGAAGAUCCCCAAGCGAUGAGAAUCUGCUGCUUCUGCACAAGUUCUUGGGACAGUGGUGCAUGAGAUUAAAUCAACAGAGGUGUCAUGGACGUGGCUCCAGGGGCAUCAUUUCGGGGGAGUUCUGCUUUGCUCACGUGAUAAUGAGCAGCUUUGACAAACAAUUGUGCUCAGUGGCAGAAUCUUGGAAGCCCACAAACUGUACAUCAAAUUGGCUGCUGUUUUGCAUAAAGAAAUAAUUUGUUGUUUAGAAGAAUGGAAGGACUCUACCCCCAAGAACCGUGCAGGAUGCUGUCAUGGUAGCAUCCCACCAUGGAGCAGCAGCAGCUGCUGCACGGAGUGCUGUGAUGCACUCAUGUAAUUACUCACGGUACCACUUUGUUUUUCCUGUUUGUCUGAUCAAAAGAAAAAAAAAAAAAAAGAAGAAGAAAAAAAAUAAGAUCUUUUGCUCAGUCAUUUCCUUUCACAGGCUAUAAAACCACGUUUCAACAGUGCAUGUGGGGCUGACACCGCAGGGAAGGAUCGUGCUGAGAGGCUGCGCUGGGCUCUUGGGGUGUCCUGCAGCAGAGGCUGAUUGCCAAACAGGAUGAUCCGGAGUUGUGUCCUCUUUGCCUGGAGAGCAUAAAUACCACUGGGGAGCUCUGCGAGACCGCAGUUGGUGCUCGCUGCUGAGCCGAGACCUCGCGUCCCUGCACCUCCCCGGGCUCCCUGCAUCCUUUCCUCCUCCUUGCUGAACGAUUGCAGCUAUAUAAUUUAUUUCCCACCAGCAAGCUUGGAGGAGCAGCUGCUUCCCGAGAAGUGCUCAGUGAGAUCUGUGCUGAGCCACUGGAGACCCUGAAAGGAAACUCUUCUGCUGCCUUCAUUCUAAUUCUGCCCGCUGUAGAGGAGCCAUGGAUCCUGCCCUGCCUUGGAUCCUGCCUCUUGGAUGUGUCCUGCUCCUGGCAAAUGCAGCCCACUGCUUUAUCUUGCCCAACUCGAGUCACCUGGAAAGCAUUUUGAGCAAAUACCAGGAUGGGGAAGCUCAUUCCAGAUCCAAGAGAGCCAUUUUGUUUUCAGACCGACAGGAGAUAUUGAUGCUCCACAAUAAAUUAAGAGGUCAAGUGUAUCCAUCAGCCUCCAAUAUGGAAUACAUGACCUGGGACGAUGAGCUGGAAAGAUCAGCCCACGCCUGGGCUCAGCAGUGCAUCUGGGACCAUGGGCCCAGUGCCCUCAUCAGGUCCAUUGGACAGAACCUGGCAGUUCACUGGGGCAGGUAUCGCUCUCCUGCUUUCCAUGUCCAAUCCUGGUAUGAUGAAGUCAAGGAUUACUCGUAUCCGUACCCACAUGAGUGCAACCCGUGGUGCCCAGAUAAAUGCACAGGCCCCAUGUGCACGCAUUACACUCAGAUAGUCUGGGCCACAACAAACAAGAUUGGCUGUGCCGUGAACGUCUGCAAGCAGAUGAAUGUCUGGGGAGAGAUCUGGGAGAACGCCGUCUACCUGGUCUGCAAUUACUCGCCCAAAGGCAACUGGAUUGGAGAAGCUCCAUACAAGAACGGCCGCCCCUGCUCUGAGUGCCCCCCCAGCUACGGGGGUGGCUGCCAGAACAACCUUUGCUACAAAGAUUAUCGUUAUGAAGACCCCUACAUCACCGAGACGGAUGAGACCAACGAAGUGGAGACCCCACAGCUCUCAGAGCACAAGCCUGUGUGGUUCCAUCCUCCAGAGAAUGAGCCCAGCAAAACCAUCAAGCCCAAGAAAACCACCUCCAACUCCUACAUGACACAAGUCAUUACCUGUGAGACCAAGAUGAGAGACAAAUGCAGAGGCUCAACAUGCAACAGGUAUCUGUGCCCAGCUGGCUGCUUGUACAGUAAGGGAAAGAUCUUUGGAACAUUUUAUUAUGAGAGUUCAUCAAGCAUAUGUCGGGCUGCAAUUCACUAUGGCAUCCUGGACAACAAGGGAGGACUGGUUGAUAUUACAAGGAAGGGGAGGACGCAGGUCUUUGUGAAGUCUACCAGGAACGGCGUGGAAUCUUUCAGGAAAAAUAAACCUUCCAACGCAUUCAUGGUUUCCAAAGUUGCAACACAGACACUGGAUUGCUAUGCCACAGUAGCUGAGCUGUGCCAGUUCAAAAAGCCUGCGACCCAUUGCCCAAGGAUUUAUUGUCCAGCCCACUGUAAAGACGAGCCAUCCUACUGGGCACCGGUGUUUGGCACAAACAUUUAUGCAGAUAGCUCCAGUAUCUGCAAAAGUGCAGUGCACGCAGGAGUCAUUGCAGAUGAAGAAGGUGGCUUUGUGGAUGUGAUGCCCGUAGAAAAGAAGAAAAGUUACGUCGGCUCCCUAAAGAAUGGAGUCCAGUCUGAGAGCUUGAGGAGUCCUUCAGAUGGAAAUGCUUUCCGAAUUUUUGCCGUGAAGCAGUAAAUUCCUAGGGAAGGUGCAAGUUUCUUCAGGAGAGCGCUCCGUUGAUCUCCAGAGACAGGAAGGCUCCUCUGAAAGCAUCAGCUCUGAACAUACCCUCCUUGCCAAUCUCUUUCAGGGAAUUAGAAAAGAAAAGAAAAAAAAAAAAAAGACAAAAAAAAAAAAA